GCGCUUCGGGCCUCCAGAUUGGCGCGUUUCGGGGGCAGAGCGGGCCGAGGGGCGGGGUCUCAGCAAGGCUCCCUCUCUACCCUCUCUGGGCCUCUCACAAAGUCUGAGCCCCGCCCCGCCGAAGCCUGUCUGCAGAAUCCGCAGCAACCAGCACCAUGCCCAUGACACUGGGGUACUGGAACAUACGCGGGAGAAGUCCCCAAGUCAGGGACCCUCCAUCUCUGACCCGAGCUGCGGGCCAUCUCUCCCAGCUGGCCCACUCCAUCCGCCUGCUCCUGGAAUACACAGACUCAAGUUACGAGGAAAAGAAGUACACAAUGGGGGAUGCUCCUGACUAUGACAGAAGCCAGUGGCUGAAUGAAAAAUUCAAGCUGGGCCUGGACUUUCCCAAUCUGCCCUACUUGAUUGAUGGGACUCACAAGAUCACCCAGAGCAACGCCAUCCUGCGCUACAUUGCCCGCAAGCACAACCUGUGUGGGGAGACCGAAAAGGAGAAGAUUCGGGAAGACAUUUUGGAGAACCAGCUUAUGGACAACCGCAUGCAGCUGGCCAGACUCUGCUAUGACCCAGAUUUUGAGAAACUGAAGCCAGAAUACCUGGAGGGACUUCCUGAAAUGCUGAAGCUCUACUCACAGUUUCUGGGGAAGCGGCCAUGGUUUCUUGGGGACAAGAUCACCUUUGUGGAUUUCAUCGCUUAUGAUGUCCUUGAGAGAAACCAAGUAUUUGAGCCCAGCUGCCUGGAUACCUUCCCAAACCUGAAGGACUUCAUCUCCCGAUUUGAGGGCUUGGAGAAGAUCUCUGCCUACAUGAAGUCCAGCCGCUUCCUCCCAAGACCUGUGUUCACAAAGAUGGCUGUCUGGGGCAACAAGUAAUGCCUGGAAGGCCAGGAGGUGGGAGUGAGGAGCCCAUACUCAGCCCUCUGCCCAGGCUGUUGAGCGCAGCUGGACUCUGUAUCCCAGCACCUGCCUCCCCAUUCCUUUCUCCUGUUUAUUCCCAUCUUUACCCCCAAGACAUUAUUGCCCCGUCUUCACUUCUCUUAAACCCAUGUAACAUGCAGGCCCUUUAAAGCCUCAGUUACCCACUUUUCUUCAUGAACAUCCCCCUCCCAACAUUACCCUUCCCUGCACUAAAGCCAGCCUGACCUUCCUUCCUGUUAGUGGUUGUGUCUGCUUUGAGGGGCCUGCCUAGCCCCUCGCCUGUGGAGCUCAGGCCCGAGCUGUCCCCGUGCUGCAUGAAAGAGCAGCAUUGACUGGUUUACAGGCCCUGCUCCUGUAACAUGACCCCUGCCUUAGGCCUACCUGAUCAAAGUAAAGCCUCAGCCACGUUU